AGCGGACGGUGAUGCAUUUCCUGUUGAUUCAAGGUUCGCCUGAUCGGAAGCACGUUCAGCUCCUCUUUCCAUUUACGAUAAAUUUCGUCUUUGUAACCUCACUUUAAUCCUCUUUUAAUCGUUGCUGGAAGUACCACAACAUUAUCUUUGCGUGUCACGUCGUGCGAACAUUGGUUGUAGUUUGGUUUCGGACAUUUAAUCGACACAAUUAGCUUCGCCGUGAGCCACCUUUCACUCGAGGAAUCAAACUUGAAAAUCAUGGAUCAAAGUGGUGGAGUGACAGCUCACACACUAAAGAGCCCGUGGGGUCCGGCAGCGCCAGCCGCCCCGUCCUGCUCGCUAGCUGAUGUGAUGAGCGAGCAGCUGGCCCGGCAACUAGAUGAAGAGAACCAGAUGUUCCCAAGCCUCAUUGAUCCAGCAGGUUUGUUGUUGUCCGACGACGCUCCGGACACGGCGAGUGACCUGAUGCUCGCUCAAAUGCUGCAGAUGCAGUUUGAUCGUGAGUUUGACGAUCAGCUGCGUCGCGAGGAGAGGAAGUUCAAUGGAGAAAGCAAAGGUAGACCAAGGUUGCCAUCAAACAAACACUUGUCAUAUUUAAUCUGUGUAUGUCCAGUGUCCAUCUCCUUUGAGAACUACCGCAUGGUGCACCCGUACGACGACAGCGAUAGCUCCGAGGACGAGGUUGACUGGCAGGACACCAGACACGACCCCUACAGGGCAGAGAAGCCUCAGACCACACCCAGGAAAGGUUUCACUGGGAAAGGCAAGAACAUCACAACCAAACAUGACGAAGUAAUGUGUGGCCGAAAGAACACUGCCCGCAUGGACAACUUUGCCCCUGAGGUGCAUGUGGGUGACGGCCUGGGGAUGGACCUCAAGCUAUCCAAUCAGGUGUUCAACUCGCUCAAGCAGCACUGCUACAGCGAGCAGAAACGCAGCGCCAGACUGCAUGAGAAGAAGGAGCACUCCACCGCCGAGCAAGCGGUGGACCCUCGCACUCGUCUGCUCAUGUACAAGAUGGUAAAUGCCGGCGUGCUAGAGAACAUCAACGGCUGCAUCAGCACUGGGAAAGAGUCAGUCAUCUUCCAUGCUGAUGGAGGAAGCCUAGACGAGCAGCCUGUUCCAGACGAAGUGGUCCUAAAGGUGUUUAAGACCACCCUCAAUGAGUUCAAGAACCGAGACCGCUACAUCAAAGACGACUACCGCUUCAUUGACCGCUUCACCAAGCUGAACCCGCGAAAGAUCAUCAGGCUGUGGGCUGAGAAGGAGAUGCACAACUUGACCAGGAUGAAGAAGGUGGGGAUUCCUUGUCCAGAUGUGGUCCUGUUGAAGAAACACAUCCUGGUGAUGUCAUUCAUUGGCAAAGAUCACGUCCCUGCUCCUAAACUGAAGGAAGUCAUGUUAAGUUCUGAUGACAUGAAGGACGCUUUCUACCAGGUCUUAAAUGUGAUGCAGCAGCUGUAUCAGGAGUGUAAUCUGGUUCAUGCUGACCUCAGUGAAUACAACAUGCUGUGGCACCAAGGAAAGGUGUGGCUGAUAGACGUCAGUCAGUCCGUUGAGCCAAUGCAUCCUCAUGGCCUGGAGUUCCUCUUCAGAGACUGCAGGAAUGUUUCCACGUUUUUCCAGAAGAGAGGAGUGAGCGAGGCGAUGAACGCCUUUGAGCUUUUCAACGCUGUGACCGGACUGAACAUUCCGAUUACAGAGGAUGAGGCGGAGUUUGUUGCUGAGUUUGGCACCGCCUUUUUUCAGAUUGUGGCAUUGGAGAAGAGGAACGAGGACCACGUUCAGCGGCGUGGAAAGAAGAUGUUCCCAGUGGCCUCAGAAGACCCCCCUUUAGAAGUUGACACUGAUGACUAACACUUACCAGCUUGCUCUCUCUUCACCAUGUUGAAGACGCCAUUGAGAAGAUGGCACCACCCACCGACCGCUUCCUUUGCUCAGGCAGAACACAGCGCCUCCUGCUGGCCGCACUGUGUUGACGUUCUGCUUUUGAGGAAGCAAUCUUGAUUGGUUCCACUGUGAGGUCAUCAGAAUACACAACACAGUUGGAUCACACUUGUUGGAAGAUUGGAGUGGUUGGCUCACAUUUGGGGCAAUGGAUCAUGUGAUCUUAAGUAUUGUAAUUAUUAUUAUCAUGUUGAGCAGGGGAGAGUGAGGAGGUGAGAUGAUCGUCAACUUUGUUUAACCAAAAAGGAAAAUGAUUCAGUGUUACCAAUCGCUUGAAAAAACAAUGUAUGGAAGUGCAUCAUCAAGCCUCAUGAAAUAAACAUUGUAAACACAAACAUCAGUACGUGAACAGUACACAACUGUGUAGCGCACUUCUUUCACAUUUUAAAAUCAUGAAUUCGAGUCCUCUCCUGCAGUUCUACGACAGAAAG